AAAAAAACUACAUUAAAAGUCCAGAGACCGAUCACCAUGCUCUGGGGAAGCAAAACCGCGCAGGCCUCCGGGCCCGACCUCACGCGCACCGAAUCCGCCUCAAAGAACGACCCCUCCGCUUCCGCCUCCCAAGCCUCCGGCACCGCAUGGCUCUCCGGACACCUGCACCACCUGACCCCUGAGCAGGAAGAAAAGCUGCAGGAGUUCAAGACACUGUGCGCCGAGCGCAAAUACUACACUCCUGCUGUGGAACAGGCCGAGGGCGUCGAGGCGAAGACUGCUAGUCAUGACGAUGCUACUAUGCUACGCUUCUUGCGUGCCCGCAAGUUCGACGUUGAGGGUGCGUGGGGUCAAUUCAAGGAUACUGAGGAUUGGCGCAAAGACAAUGCUAUCGAGGCUCUGUAUGAGAACAUUGGCGUGGACUCUUAUGAGGCUGCCCGGCGGAUGUACCCACAAUGGACUGGCCGUCGCGAUCGCCGCGGAAUCCCGGUCUACGUCUUUGAGAUCCGUCACCUCGAUAACAAGGCCGUCGCCGCUUACAACUCUACCAUGACUACCGGUACACCGGAGACACACAAGUCGUCCACUGUCCCAGCGCGCUUGCUGAACCUUUUCGCUUUGUAUGAGAACCUUCUCCGGUUCGUGAUGCCGCUUUGUUCAUCGUUGCAGCGGCCAAACCCGGAGACGCCUAUUGUCACUUCUACCAAUAUUGUGGAUGUUAGCGGUGUUGGAUUGAAGCAGUUCUGGAACUUGAAGAGCCAUAUGCAGGAUGCCAGUGUUUUGGCCACGGCGCAUUACCCCGAAACGCUGGAUCGGAUCUUCAUUAUUGGUGCUCCUGCGUUCUUCCCUACCGUCUGGGGCUGGAUCAAGCGCUGGUUCGACCCAGGCACCACCUCCAAGAUCUUUAUUCUGUCCGCAUCAGAGGUGCAGCCUACUCUUACUUCAUUCAUGGAACCAUCCAGCAUUCCCAAGCAGUAUGGCGGUGAACUCGACUGGACCUGGGGCGAGAUGCCCAACCUGGACGAGCCCGCCCGUGAACUCCUCCAGGGUCUUGAGCAGGAUCAAGUCGAAGGCGAAAAGAGAAAAGACAUCCUCAAGGGACCCAUUCUGUUCGAGGGUGAUCACCUGAAGGUGUUGGGCACAGUCGAUGGAAAGGACCGGAGAGAAACCAUCCCCGUCCCGAAGUCGCAGGUGUUCUCUGAGCCAAAGGCCCCCGCCAAGUCCACAGACUCGGAGGCAAAGACCGACGAACCCACUGAGACUAAGCCCGAAGACGAGAAGGCUGUUGAUAACGUGGCGAUAAAGGUUAAUCAGCUGUCCGUCGACGAGACUCAGACUGCUGCUGCAUAGAGCAUAUAGAAAGGCAGCAGGAUUGGGAGUGUGGUUAGGGCUAGGGAUUUGGAAAUGGCACAAGACGAUGCAGAUCACAUUACCGAGGCUUGUUGCUUUGUUGGUAAAUGAUGUGUCUUCUGGAAUAUACGUCUGCCUGGAUUGUGUGAUUGAUCGUCUUCCAAAUGGGAGUUGCAUGUGCACUUAUCUAUUGCCUACUGCAUGGAAAGUGAGUGGUUUGUGGGGACACCACUGUUCUCUUCUCUCGUGUUUCUCAACGUUCUUUGCCUUCUUUUCUUUGGCUGUUUCCCUGCCCGUUCUCCAUAUGUGGAUCUAUCAUGUGGAAAUGUCCGUUACAGGCUUCCAGACUUGCAGUCUUACUGUACAAGGUUGCAUGGUUUGUGUUUUGUUACUUUUCUUUCCUAGUUCUUUGAUCAUUUCGGGGCUUCUUUUCUUUCAUUUUAUUUACAUUCGCAUGUUGAUAUCCCCGUACACGAAUAGUUGAGGCGGUUGUUGAUACAUAGAGCAUCUUCUUUUCUCUUACAUUGCCAUGGUGUAUUUAGACAUCCUGUUUCAUACCGCAGAAUGAACUCAAUGAAAUUCGGA